UUUAUAUGUAAUAUGUGAUGCCACUUGACUUUCCGAGACCUGUUUCCAUUCUUGUGCAAGUAUUCCUUGGUUUUGAUAUUUCCAUAGAGAUGUGAGUCUCAUGCACUCUCUUUUACUUGGAAAUUUGCCGGUGAAACGCACUUUUAUGUAGUCAUAGUUACUCGAAGUUCCUACAAGGAAUUUGCUGCACAGAUUAAAUGUAUUUUUAAGCUGCUUUAUUCUAUGAUGUGCAUUCUUAGGCUACAGUAACAAUAUCAUGAUGUGUAUAACAAUAAAAUAUUUGUGAUUUGAAUCUGGUAUAUUAAAUGAAAUGAUAAAAAUUGAAAUAGUCUUAGCUGUGCUUUUCUGCAUUUCUGAUUUACUACUUUCAUCUAUUGAUGGAUUCAAUUGUACUGCUAAAUGUCGUUGCAAAAGUGUUUUAAACAGUAUACAUAUGAAAUGUAAUAUUGACGGUCGAGCUUCUAAUUGGGACGAUAUACAAUUAUCAAGUAACAUAUCCAGAUUAGUAUUCUUGGAUCUAAGCAAAAAUUCCAUAAGUCAUAUAGAUAAACAACGAUUAAGCAAUUUGACUGGAUUAACACGGCUUGACAUUUCUUUUAAUCUUUUAAAAGAUAUAAAUAAUGAUACCUUUGGGGACAGUUUAUUAAAUAUUGAGCGGCUUAAAUUAUCGAACAACUUAAUUACUCAUAUAUAUAAUGGUUCAUUCAAACAUAUGACUAAAUUGAAACAACUUGAUAUAUCUAACAAUCCUCUCGUGUGUGAUUGUGAUCUCAUAUGGCUGGUGGCUUGGUCUAAUACACAUUUGAAGUUGCAUCCACAACCUAAAUGCGAAGCUCCAAGCGAUUUUAGUGGUGUAUUUUUAAAAAAACUUAAAGUUGGAAUUGAUCUUCAUUGCGAAUCUCCUUUACAGCCUCUACUUGAACUUAGUCCUUCAAAAAAUCAGCUUGCAUUUGAAGGAGAUGAAUUAAUGCUUAAAUGUGGGGCACCUCGUAUUGCUAUAGGUGUUCCUCAUGAAUCUGAAGACUUGCCAACACGAGCACAUGUCUUUUGGGGGUGGACUAAUAAAAUGCAAAAGCAAAAUUCAACUGAAGCUGUUGAAUAUAAAGAUCCUUUAAAAAUAUUUGCCGAUGUAUAUUUGGAAAUGAAGCACUCUGCAGAUUCAGGCAUUUUAAAUUCUGUUUUGAAAAUAAAAAGUUUAAAAAAGAAUCAUACUGGCAUGUGGGAUUGUGCACUAAAAUCACAACAUGCCAAUUUGUCUAAGUCCAUUACGAUUACUGUGAUUUCAAAAUCAACGAAAUAUUGUGAAGCAGUUAAAAUAAGCACAAAUAAAGGUGUUUAUUACUGGCCUCAGACAGUCCGCGGUGAAACAAAUAUUCAAAACUGUGAGGAAGAAGGAGAGUCUCAAGCUUGGGCAUCUUACUAUUGCAGUCCUAACGGUACAUGGUUAUAUUUAAAUGUGAAAAAAUGUCCAUUCGUAAGUGAAACGACCAGAAUUUUGGAACAAUUUGCAAAAAUGAACUUUACGCUUGCUAAAGGUAAAGAAUUAGAAAUUGCCAAUCGUCUCUAUCAUUUUACAAACACUACUACAAAUAUAAAAAAAAUUAUAGAUCCAAUGGACUUAGAAUUUAUUGCACAAACGCUUACUAAAUACUUAAAAUAUAUUAAGAAUCAAACUGAUGUAGCACAUAUACUGCUUGACACUGCAUCGCAAUUAAUAAUUUUGCCAAAAUCAUUGUUUUAUGAAGCUCAGAAACUGCACGAAAGUGGUAUUAAAAUCCUUAGCGCAGUUGAAGCAGCAGCAGCACAUAUACAAACGUCACGUUUAUUGGAUAUAAACGACGAAAAAUCUGAAAACAAAAACGUAUCUCCAAAAAAUAUAUUUAUUGACACUUUCAAUCUGAGAUCAGAAUCAUUUACUGGCUUGUCAUGCAUGUGGUUAAGACCAAAUGGGAACAUAGGUAAACGUACAUUUGAGUGUACUAUAUCAAAUGAUUCUUUUCCUAUAUUUGAGAAUUACGUGGAUGCAGCAAUUCAUAUACCCAGUAAUUUAUUGUUUAAUAACUCACACAAAUCUUGCAAACUGAUGGUUGGAAUAUUUCGAAAUUCGAAUCUGCUGCCAUAUUUAAAUAGAAGCGAUGAGAAUGAUGACAAAAUAUUAUCUUCAGUAACUAUAGGGACAAAAAUAAUAAAUGAUGUAAUGGAUUACACAAAUUUCCAUUUACUCGGAAAUAUUUCAAUAAUAAUUCGAAUGCGACCGUACCAUAAUGAUAUUAGUGCUCCUGUAGGAGCAUGGUGGGAUAGUAAAUUAAAAAUAUGGAACCAUAAUAUAUGUCGAAAAAUAUACAUGUACCGCGGUUUGCUUUGGUUCACAUGUAAUCGAUUAGGUUAUUACGGUUUGCUACAAAGAAAACAAUUUUUAAAUGAUAUACCUAAUGAAAACACUGGGGCUUUAUUUCGUUUCACGCCUCUUAGUAUUUAUAUUGGAAGCCUAGUGCUUUUUAUUUGUUCCUGGAUUAACAUAUCAACUUUUAUUAUUUUUGGAGAAGCGAUACGUAUAAAUCGUCAACAAAAACACUCAUUUGUAAAUACAUGGAUUGCUUUAUCAUCGCUUUGUGUAGUAUUUACUCUUGGAAUUUUUCAGACGGAAAAUCGGAAUAUCUGCAAAAUAUUUGGAUUACUUAUACAUUAUUUCACUAUGUGCGUAUUAUUUUGGUUAUGUGUUAGCUUCAGAACUAUGUACAAACGUUUCGUUAAAAGGAGGCAUACGGGCCCAGAAAAUAAUUUGUCAGUAGAUAUCGAUCUCAAAAAACCAAUUUUAGGAAUAUAUCUUGUUGGCUGGGGCGUUAGCGCUAUCAUUUGUGGUAUUAGUGGCGCUGUAAAUCUAAAUGAAUAUGCAUCAUAUUCGUAUUGUUUCGUACAUAAUACAUCAGCUAUAAUUGCAAUAGUAAUUCCAGUCAUAAUGCUGCUAUUAUUUUUUCUUAUUCUGGUUUUCAAUGUAUAUUAUCAUAAUAGUAAAAAGAUAAAUGAAAUUCGAAAUCCUAAGUUUUCAGAUAACACAGAUGCUACAGAUAUGGAACAGUUAAAUUUUGCAAAUACAACUCGUAAAAGAAAUUCACAGCUUAAUAUGAAACUAUAUAGUUCUCUGACAUUAACUAAUUCAAUUAGUAGCAAAUUAGAUGAAUUUGAAUGUGUUAAUAUAGCCGACUUAAGAGCACUUUUGAUUUUGUUCUUAGUAUUCACUAUAUUGUGGUUAUCAGCUGCUUUCUUUGUCACGCAAUCAACAAUAUUGGAAAACCGUGUAAAUCAAAUAUAUAGUACAAUAUGUUCCGUUUCCGCUAUAGGUUUAGGAUUGUUUUUAGUUUUUUUUUAUAAUUUUUCGCGAAAUAAAGCAAGACAAUUGAACAAAAAUACCUUUUGCUUAAUAGAGUACCAUAAAAACUAUAAAGAUGUUCCUUCUGUUAACUUGGCACUUACUACAUAUAAAUCGACUCCAUAUGACGCGAAUAAUUCUACAUGCCGCUCAAAUAGUCAGUGUUCGAGGCAUCAUACUAAUAGUAUUUGCAGUAUGAAAAGUAAUUCCCAUCAAAAAGAACAUCCAAUUAAGUCAAUUAAUUUCUCAAAUCAAUAUUUACUAAAUGCCAAUAUUAAAAGUUUGACAGCAAUCGAUCACAGCCAAAAUACUGCGGGUAUAAAUACUCUUACAUAUGAAGUUCCAUGUGCUGAUAUAUUUUACAAUCCAAAUCAAAUAAAUGUUGCACGAAAAUUUUUUAAAAAGCAAAAACGUCUUUCAAAACGAAACAACUUUGAAUUACAACGUCAAAUGAAUCGUCCUAGCAUCGUGGAUAAUGCCAGCGAUUUAAGAUCUUUAUCCAGCAGUGCUGCUAAUAAUUAUGCGCAUUCAAAACAAUGCAAUGCAGUGAAGUGUUUUAGUGGAAGUACUAAGCUGAGUAACACAAAUUUAUCUUGCAGACCGGUAUACAGUUCAUCCAAUUUAAAUCAAAAAAAUGAUUUUAGCAACGUUAUAGCAAAUAUAUAUACUAACAUUUCGGAAACAAUAGAACCGCAACACGAAAUAAUUAAAGUAGUUUAUGAUGUCAAAAAUUCAAUACAUCAUCGUUCAGCUCUUUAUGAGGAGGAUGAAAUCAAAGAACAAAUGAUUAGUCAACGUGGCGAGAACAAUCCAUUAUAUGAAAAUUCCCGUGUUUCUAAUAAUAUGUAUCCUAUGUUAAAUUAUAUAACAUCACAACAAAAGAAGAGAAAAGAUAACGACUUGUAUAAAGAAUCAAUUUUAAAAAACUCAAUAAGCAAGCCCAACGUAGUAAAUAUUUCGUUAUUAAAAAAUACGAACGUCAUUGGAAUCACUAAUAAGACAGUAUCGAAUUGUCUGAGCAAUAUGGAUAAUAACAUUGCUGGUCAAAUUGCACAAGAUUUAAAUAAAAACAAAAUUUUUAUGCCAAAUUUUCCAAAAAUAUUUAACAUAGAAGAACAUAACAUAGAGAACAAUAAAGCUUGUAAUGAAAGCUUUAGCUCAAAGCGAUCUAAAUCACUUAGUAGUCUUAAUAAUUAUCUUGAUAGCAAUAUGCUUAAAAUGUACACUUUAUCUGACUUCAAUAUACGCACAAAUUUUGAAAUUAGUGACAAAAAACAAUGCUUUAAAAUUUUUAAUAAGGGAAAUGUAAAAGUUACGGACAAAUGUAGAAACUAUGACAGUAAUGUGAUUUCAAGUACUCAUGUGGUCUCUGCAAGUCCAACAAAUGAAAGUGAUGUGAAUUAUCAAAAUUCUGAAAUUAGUAUUCGGAGCCAUGGACUGUAUGCUCCGCAAUGCGAUAUUGAUUUUAACUUGGUUUUGACUGAUGGCUUUUCAUGUGAAUCAUCCAAUGAAAGUGAAUUAGAUGAUGAUAACAAAGAAGUUGUUAUAAGUUUUGACACAUCUAUUGAUUCUGAUGUAACAAAAACAUCAAUCGAUGAACUAUAUGAGGCUAUAAAUAGACGUGCAUCGAUGGAAGUUAAUGUUAAUAUCAAUUCUGGGACGUAUCUCUGUAAAAAUACGAUAAAAGAAAAUGAAAGUUUAGAAUAGAAAACAAAAUUUUAACAUUUAAAGAUAGUAGUAGUCAAAAUAGUUUAAUUCGCUUAAUUAGUCAUAAAACAGAACAAGUGAACAAUAAAGGAAUUACACUGAUAUGCAAUAUACCUGUGUACAGUUCCAGUAAAACAAUUCACUUAUCUCCCACCAACUAUAUAAUUACAAUUUGCUUCAUAAUAGUGUCUAUUGUGUCAGCACAAUAGACUUCAUAAACUUCAUAUGAAAGAGAGUAAAUUUAAGAGUUCUGUAAUGUAAUGUAAGUUUAACAUAAAAUUUCUUUAACCUAGUAAAAUAAUACAGAUAAUUAAAUUUAUUUAAAAAAUAUUACAGAAGUAAAUAAAUAAAAGUAUAUAAAUAAAUAAAUGUAUAUAAAUAAGUAAAUGUAUAUAAAUAAAUAAAUGUAUAUAAAUAACUGAAUGUAUAUAGUUUUAGGAAUUUUUUAACGAAGUACAAUAAACAAAUAAAGAAUUUUA